AUGGCACCCCCACCUCCUGCAAACCUGCCUUUGGCCGAGCGAGUCAAGAAACUUGCAACUACCCUGCAAUUCGCUUGGUUUUUGGGCCACUUUACCCUUCUCCUCGCCGUCUUCAGAUACAGCUUGUCCUACAUCACGUUCAACUCGUCCUCCAAAUGGGCCACCUUCACCUAUCGUCUGGCCUUCCUCUCCGCUGUCGCGACCUACGGCAUCGUGGUUUUCAAGGCCUAUCGAGCUCGUGUCAAGCCUGGCGCUAACCCCGCUUCGACUGCUCUCAUGCUCCUUUCAGACGAAAAUGUUCAAUAUCUGCUCAUCAGCUUGGUCUGGCUUUACUCCAGACAGAUCCCUUUGGCCCUUCUGCCUUUCACCGUCUACUCCGUCUUCCAUGUAGCCACCUAUACCCGUACCAACUUGAUCCCGGCCUUCCAACCUCCAAAGCAGGCUGCAGGCACCACUCCAACUUCCCCUGGAGGUGCAAAAUCUCAAUCGCCUCUUGCAAACACCAUCGGAAAGUUCGUCAAGGACUACUAUGACGCAUCCAUGACCUUGGUGGCGAGUUUGGAAAUUGGUCUUUGGGCAAGACUCCUCCUCUCUGCCUUCACCUUUACCAAGGGCGCCUGGAUUCUCCUGGGCAUCUAUACUGUAUUCCUCCGUGCACGCUACCAACAGAGCCACUUUGUUCAGUCUGCCUUUGGCCAGUUCGGCGCCAGAGUCGAUCAGCAAGUCCAGAACCCCAACAUUCCUCCUGCGGUUCGCCAGGGUUGGGAGACCAUCAAAGGUAUCGGUCGCAAGGCUGUUGAUGCCACGGAUCUGAGGAAAUAUACUGGCGGUGCUGCUGCUGCUCAGAAGAAGCCUCAAUAG